AUGGCCGGGAGACCUCAUGGUCAGGCGUCUCCGUCUGCCGAUUCCGACCUCCUACUCGACCUGGACGAUCAGCCCGUCUACAAUACUGGAAAGCCCCCGCCCACCGAUGACGAUCACCUACUCCUCCACCACAACAUAGACUCCUCCGAUGCGCCUCGUGCCUCUACCAGUUAUGAUGAUUUCGUGGGCUCCUCUUCGACAGCUGGUCUGCCGGGAGGUCCUGGCGCCCCGAGUACUACUGGUCUACACAUUCCUAUGCACGAUACUAUGGGAAGACAAUACUCUCAAACCUCUGAUCUGAACAACUAUCAGCCCUACUCGGAUCUUGACGACCUUCCGGAUGACAGAGACUACUAUGCAUCAGGUGGAGGCAUUGACGAGGACAAUAUGCCAGGCUUGCGUGAAUCACGCUUCACUAGCCAUGGCCGCAAUAGGAAUAGCAUAAUGGGUAUUGGAGAAAGCAUCGUAGAUCGCGCCAAGAACAUGUUUGGUGCAAACACCGGCGGCUAUUCAGAAAUGGAUUUGCCAUUGACCGAAGCUGGUGCUCGUUCAUCUCACAUUGCAUCUGGUGGUGUUGAUGCUCUACCAUCCGCGCCUCCACCUGCCAAGCGUACGCCUGGAGCCAAAUUCAAGUUUGGCCUUGGUCGCUCAGGCCCGGAUCCGAAUGCUGCUGGGCCUCGCAUCAUUCAUCUUAACAAUCCACCUGCAAAUGCUGCCAACAAGUACGUGGACAACCAUGUCUCGACUUCCAAGUACAACUUUGCAACUUUCUUGCCAAAGUUCUUGUUCGAGCAGUUCUCCAAGUAUGCCAACUUGUUCUUCUUGUUUACGGCAAUCUUGCAACAAAUCCCUGGUGUCUCACCCACAAGUAGAUACACCACUAUUGUGCCAUUGGGAAUUGUCCUUCUGGUCUCAGCCGGCAAAGAGAUAAUUGAAGAUUCGCGCAGAAAAUCCCAGGAUAAACAACUCAACACUUCAAAAGCCCGCGUCCUACGAGGUUCAACUUUUCAGGAUAGCAACUGGAUCAAUAUCGCAGUCGGAGAUGUCGUUCGUGUAGAGUCUGAAGAACCGUUCCCGGCCGAUCUUGUCCUGUUGGCCAGUUCUGAACCUGAAGGUCUAUGCUACAUUGAGACUGCAAACCUUGAUGGCGAGACAAACUUGAAGAUUAAACAAGCUAUCCCAGAGACUGCAAACCUCGUUAGCCCUGCCGACAUCAGCAGGCUCGGUGGUAGGAUCCGUUCCGAACCUCCCAACAGUAGUCUCUAUACGUACGAGGCGACCAUGACAAUGCAAUCUGGUGGCGGCGAGAAGGAGCUACCUUUGAACCCCGAGCAACUCUUACUUCGCGGCGCUACUCUGAGAAACACACCCUGGGUGCAUGGAAUUGUCGUCUUUACUGGUCAUGAAACCAAACUCAUGCGCAAUGCGACAGCCACUCCCAUCAAGAAGACCGCCGUCGAACGCUUGGUGAACGUGCAAAUCCUCAUGCUUGGUGGUAUUCUUGUCGCUCUGAGUAUCGUCAGUUCGAUCGGUGAUCUUGUCACACGUGCCACCUCAGGCAAGAGGAUGUGGUACCUGUCUUACACUCCCGUCAACGGCGGAAAGCAGUUUUUCAGCGACUUCUUCACCAACUGGGUGCUGUACUCAAACCUGGUACCUAUUUCGCUUUUCGUUACGAUCGAAAUCAUCAAGUAUUGGCAGGCUAUCCUCAUCAGCUCGGAUCUCGACAUCUACUAUGACAAGACGGACACACCUGCUAACUGCAGGACAUCGUCCCUGGUUGAAGAAUUGGGUCAAGUCGAAUACAUUUUCUCAGACAAGACUGGCACACUUACAUGCAACAUGAUGGAAUUCAGGCAAAGUUCAAUUGCAGGAAUACAGUAUGCCGACGAAGUUCCCGAAGACAGAAGAUCAACGGGAGAGGAUGGUGAUAUGGGUAUAUUUGACUUCACUCGCUUGGAGCACAACAGACGAAACCAUCCAUCCCGCGAGAUCAUCAACCAGUUUUUGACCUUGCUGUCCACUUGUCAUACCGUCAUUCCAGAAACGAGCUCAGAGAAAGGUGGCAAAAUCAAGUACCAAGCAGCCUCACCUGAUGAGGGUGCGUUGGUAGAAGGUGCUGUCACGCUCGGCUAUAAGUUCGUUGCACGCAAACCUCGCUCAGUCAUGAUCGAGGUAUAUGGAGAACAACAGGAGUACGAACUCUUGGCUGUUUGCGAAUUUAACUCGACAAGAAAGCGCAUGUCGACUAUUUUCAGAUGUCCUGAUGGCAAAAUCAGAUGCUACUGUAAAGGUGCUGACACCGUUAUCUUGGAGCGUCUUGGUGGCGACAAUCCAUAUGUCGAAGCCACUCUGCAACAUCUUGAGGAGUAUGCCGCUGAAGGACUGAGAACCCUGUGUCUCGCUUCGCGCGAGGUCCCAGAAGAAGAGUUCAGACGCUGGCAGCAAGUCUUCAACGAAGCUGCGACUACUGUUGGCGGUAACCGAGCUGAGGAAAUGGAUAAGGCGGCUGAGCUCAUUGAACAUGACUUCACUCUGCUGGGCGCCACAGCCAUCGAAGAUAAGCUGCAAGAUGGCGUACCAGACACUAUUCACACUCUGCAAACAGCUGGCAUCAAAAUCUGGGUCUUGACUGGAGACAGACAAGAGACUGCCAUCAAUAUUGGUAUGAGUUGUAAGCUGAUCAGCGAGGACAUGACUCUCCUUAUUGUCAACGAAGAAACCGCAGCCGCUACUAGGGACAAUUUGCAAAAGAAGCUGAGUGCUGUACAAAGUCAGUUCCAGUCUGGUAUAACCGUCGAAACUCUGGCACUCGUUAUUGAUGGAAAGUCUCUCACCUAUGCACUUGAGAAAGACAUGGAGAAGCUCUUCUUGGAUUUGGCUGUCAUUUGCAAGGCUGUAAUCUGCUGCCGUGUCUCGCCACUCCAAAAAGCUCUUGUUGUCAAGCUUGUCAAGCGUCAUAAAAAAGCCAUUCUUUUAGCAAUUGGUGAUGGCGCCAACGAUGUCUCAAUGAUUCAAGCUGCACACAUUGGUAUUGGUAUCUCAGGUGUUGAAGGUCUGCAAGCAGCACGUUCAGCCGAUGUCUCCAUCGCUCAAUUCCGAUACUUGCGCAAGCUACUGCUCGUCCACGGAGCCUGGUCAUACCAAAGAAUCUCCAAGAUGAUCUUGUACUUCUAUUACAAGAACACGGCACUCUUCAUGACCCAGUUUUGGUACUCUUUCCAAAACGGGUUCUCUGGAGAAGUCAUCUUCGAAUCCUGGACGAUGAGUUUCUACAAUGUUCUCUUCACAGUGAUGCCACCCUUUGUUCUUGGUAUCUUCGAUCAAUACGUCUCGGCUCGUUUGCUCGAUCGAUACCCUCAACUUUACCAACUCAGUCAGAAAGGUGUGUUCUUCAGAAUGCAUUCCUUCUUUAGUUGGGUAGCAAACGGCUUCUACCACUCCCUUAUCCUUUACUUUGUCUCUGAGCUUAUCUUCCUUUGGGAUUUGCCUCAGAGCGACGGCAAGAUUGCUGGACACUGGGUAUGGGGAACCACUCUAUAUACGGCUGGCCUUAUCACGACUCUUGGUAAAGCAGCACUCAUCACCAACCUUUGGACCAAAUACACUGUGAUUGCGAUACCUGGCAGUCUUGCGGUGUGGUUCAUCUUUUUACCCAUUUACGCUACUGUUGCACCCAAACUCGGAUUCAGCAUGGAAUAUGCUGGCGUCGUUCCAAGACUGUUUCCUAGUCUUGUCUUCUGGCUGACGAUCAUCGUUCUUCCGGUCCUCUGUCUUCUUAGAGACUUUGCCUGGAAGUAUGCCAAGCGCAUGUACUAUCCCCAAGCCUACCACCACGUCCAGGAGAUCCAGAAAUACAACAUUCAGGAUUACCGACCAAGGAUGGAACAAUUCCAAAAGGCAAUUCGCAAGGUUCGCCAAGUACAGCGCAUGCGCAAACAGCGUGGAUAUGCAUUCUCGCAGACCGAUGAAUCACAAGCCAGAGUGUUGCAGGCUUACGAUACCACGAGAGAAAGAGGAAGAUAUGGUGAGAUGGCAAGUAGCAGGGACUAA